AUGGCAAAGAAGGACCUUUUCGACGAGGCCGACUCGGGGAGCGAGAGCAUCGGGGGCGACGCAGAUGGCAAAGGUCUGAAGAUCAACGAGGACUAUGCGCGACGGUUCGAGCACAACAAGAAGCGAGAGGAGAGACAAAGACUUGAGGAAAAGGCCAAGGCGCGAGCGGUAAAUGGCGAAGACGACGACUCCGAUUCAGACUCCUCGGACGACGAGACAGAAGACGAGGAUGGUUUCCUGGCAACCGAACAGCUCGAUGCUGAGCUUAUCGCUACCAUGCAGGCCAUCAAAAACAAGGACCCUAGAAUAUACGACCCAAACACGAAAUUCAUCACCGCAUUGGAUGAGGAUGGCGCAGCUACCAAAGACAAGAAGGAGAAGCCAAUGUACCUUCGCGACUACCACCGAGAGCGCUACCUGGCUGGAGACACCGGAGCAGACAUCGAAGAAGAAGCCGAUCAACCCAAAACGUUUGUGCAGGAGCAGGCGGAUCUGAAAAAGGACAUUCUGGCAGAGAUCAACGCAGCGGAUGCGGACGACUCGGACGAUGACGAGGACUUUAUCAAGGCAAAGCCUAGCGAGACUGCCGCUACAGAGGACGGGGUCCACCCCUCAAGGAAAGAGAAGGUAAAAGCUGCCGAGCUCGAUGUUUCACUCGCCGACAAGGACCCGGAGUUGUAUUUGUCAAAUUACAUGGCGUCGCGUGCGUGGAUUCCUGAGACCAGCUCGAGGUGGGAAGCAUUCGAGUCGGACGAAGGGGAGGGCAACGACGACGCGGACGAGUGGGAGGCGGCUUACAACCUGCGGUUCGAGGACCCUGCGAAAAGCAACGAGGUCCUGCAGUCCUACUCACGAAAAGUCGUGGAGGCACGAUCCGUGCGGCGGGACGAUGUCAAGGGACGAAAGAAGCAGCGACAACUCGAGAAGGAGCGCAAGGAAGAGGAGAAACGCCAACGUCACGAGGAGCGCGCCCGACUGAAGCGCCUCAAGAUCGAGGAGGCGGAGGGAAAACUGAAGAAGAUCAAGAAGGCUGCUGGUCUGAGCGGCAAGGAACUUGGAGAGGAGGAGCUAAUGAAGCUGCUUGAGGGUUCUUGGGAUAAUAACAAGUGGGAGGAAGAGAUGAGCAAGCGCUUUGGAGAGCAGUACUACGCAGAAGCAGAGGAGGUGGUAUCAGAAUCAGAGGAAGAGGGCUUCGGUAAAUCGAGGAAGAAGAAGCCAAAGAAGCCCAAGUGGGACGACGAUAUCGACAUCAAGGACAUCAUUCCAGACUUCGAGGACGAGGAGGCCAAACCAGACAUCAGCCUCGUCGACGUGGAAGAUGGGGCCGAAGCAGCUGAUGACGGCGAGGAUCAGUUGUCCGACGGCGACGAGCGCCCGUCCAAGAAACGCAAAACCACCAAGGAGCACAAGGCAGAACGCCAGGCCAGCAAGCAGGCCGCCCGGAAAGAGCGCUCCAAGAUCGAAGCCCUGGUCGAGCACCAGAUGGAACUCGAGGACCCGACGGUGCUGGCCCUCUCCAAGAAGAACAAGAAGGCCGCGGGCGCCGAGACCGCGGGCUUCCGGUACCGCGAGACCAGCCCGCAGUCGUUCGGCCUGACCCCGCGCGACAUCCUCCUCGCGCCGUCGGACGCGGCGCUCAACGAGUUCGCCGGCCUCAAGAAGCUGGCGACGUGGCGGCACCCGGACAAGAAGAAGAAGGACCGCAAGAACCUCGGCAAGAAGGCCAGGCUCAGGGAGUGGCGGAGGGAGGUGUUUGGCAGGGAGUUCGAGCACACGGGCCCCACAUUCGGGUUCGGCGGCACCAGGGACGACGAGGCGGAUGCCGCGGUAGACGAGAAGGCCAAGGACUUCGAGGGCGGCGGUGCUGACGCCAGCGGGUCCAAGAAGAAGAGGAAGAGAUCUAAGGGCAAGAAGAAGGGUUCUGUCGGUGCGUAG